CACAAAUAAUCCAAUCCCUCUAGCCAAUUACUAGUGAUAAGUACGCCUGGCUCUCCGCGGUCGCAGGGGCUGCCGCAUCAUGAAGCAAGCAUCACGUGACUUUCUAGCCUCCAAAGUCUCACCUUGAAUCAUUCCCCGUAUUGGCACUACCGUCCGAUCGGCUCUACUGAGAGCUGAGGCAUUCGCAGACGAAGAUAAGUAGACAACGGCUCAUGUUCUGGCCGUCCUUGGCUUCCUCCUUGUUCGCAUGCAAGAAGCUGUCUGUGGAUUAUUCGCAACCAUGGCCCUGAGAGACCAAAAGGCGAUCGGCAUGGGAGGGUUGGCAGGUGCAGCUCGCUCCCGUAUCUCAGCUAUUGCGUCUGUUGUCUACGGUUCCGUCCUUCGCAACUCUAUCUCGGAGCAAUUGAAGAAGCUCGUCCCAGGGGCAGAGAUCAGCGCCGGGCUUCCUCGAAGUUCUGUUCCUCAACUCAUCUAAUUGCUCUCUGGAAAGUCGAAAGCGGCAAUGGUGAACGGGAUGGCGGUGGAUAUCUUGGACGAUGCAACGGAUGCUUAUCGGCGUGCAGCAAGUGUUGCGGCUAUGGAUGAAUUGCUGGCGGCGUUUGCGGUUGCUUUGCGCCGACGAUUGCGCAGGAGUGAAGGGGAUUGUUGCGGGAAGGGUGAUGAUUCAGUCGUUAGGUACAAUGUUAUACGACAUUCAAAUAUAAUUUGAUUCCCCAGUUGACAUCAUUCUAAGGGGGUUAGCGGGAUAUUUUCAUGACGCUCGAG